AUGGCUAGGGAAGAGGGACUAACCCUUAGAAGCUUAGAAAUGGUGUGGAAGUCUUGGAAGCUCUUGUGGAGGAGCCGUAAGCAAUUGCUCCUAAUCUUGCUCAUAUUUUUCCUACCUUUCUCCAUUCUACUCGGGGCCUUCUCCUUCUACAUCUUUCAUCUUGUAGCAGUCAUGAUAGGAAUGUUCAUGUCAAUGAUCACAGGGUCUGUGCCUCCAAAGAUGCAAGUGCUGGUGUUGGAUCUCAGAAAGUUGGUCAUCGCAGAAGUGGCAAACUUACUAGCCUCCAUCCUGCUCUCAACCCUCCUUGACAUGGCAGUUAUUUACACAAUCGCGAUGGCUUUAAAAGAGAAAGAGAUGACCCUCAAGGACCUAAUAUUCAAGAUUUGGAAAACGUGGAGGGGCCCGGUGGUCACCAAGCUCUAUGUCUUUUUUAUUGCCAGUGGUUAUCUCAACUUUUCCCUCUUAUUGAUAUAUGCUGUCAUAUUCGGUGGAGGUUUUACCAUGGGGUCCAUAGCUCUUGCUAGUGCCAUAUUUAUCUUGCUCUUUCUCCUCACUAUAUACUUGGAAAUGGUCUGGUUUCAAGGCAUCGUGGUCUCAGUUAUGGAGGACUAUUUUGGGCUAUCUGCAUUGGGGAGGGCAUCGGAUCUCAUCCAAGGAGAAAGGGGUCUCGGGUUUAUGGCUAAUCUUCUCAUGAACCUCCUUGCCCUUAUUGUCAAUCUAUUAUUCUUUGUGCUAGGAUACAUGAUAGGGUACAAGAAAGCCAUCUACAUGGUCUUACUAUUCGUCAUUUGCAGUAUCAAUCUAUUGAUCGCCACGCUCAAGGUUGUGAUCUAUGUCAUGUUCUACAACAAGUGUAGAGAUAACCCAGAAAAAGAGCUAGCAAUGAAAGAUAGAUUAGUGUACAAUAGGGUCUCAUCUUCUAUCCCUAUUCCUGAAGAUCUCCCUUGA